AUGGGGUUCUGCCUCCUUUCAGAUUUGGGUAUCCGGAUUCCUGUUGGACACGUGGACUACUUUGUCAAUGGAGGCCAAGACCAACCCGGCUGUCCCACCUUCAUUCAUGCAGGCUACAGUUACCUGAUCUGUGAUCACAUGAGGGCUGUGCACCUCUACAUCAGUGCCCUGGAGAAUUCCUGUCCACUCGUGGCCUUUCCCUGUGUCAACUACAAGGCCUUUCUUGCUGGACAAUGUCUGGAUUGUUUUAACCCUUUUCUGCUUUCCUGCCCAAGAAUUGGGCUGAUGGAACAAAGUGGUGUCAAGAUAGAGCCGCUUCCUAAGGAAGUGAAAGUCUUCCUCUUGACCACUGCCCGGGCUCCGUACUGUGUGCAUCACAGCCUCGUGGAGUUUUACUUGCAGGAGCCAAGAAACAAAGACACCCUCAUCUCCGUCACCUUCCUUAGCAGCAAUGUUACUUCCUUGGUCAAGAUCACCAUACCUAGACAGGAACUCCAGGGGAAAGGAGUCAUAGCUCACGCCACCCCUCAGUGCCAGAUAAACCAAGUGAAACUGAAGUUUCACUCUUCCCACCGAGUUUGGAGAAAAGACCGGACCACCAUUGUUGGGAAGUUCUGUACUGCUCCUUUGCCGGUCAAUGACAACAAAGAGAUGGUCUGCUUACCUGAGCCAUUGACCUUACAAGCAAGUGUGACUGUUUCUUUUGACCUGAAAAUAACGUGUGUAAUAGUAUAAGCCUGGACAGGAUACAUCUCCCUGGACUUCAGAGGAGGUUGGGUAGCUAUGUUCAACUUAUUCUAGGCCAUUACUACUAGAAGGAAGGCAAAACUCUUGAUUAUUUCCCUCAUAGUUAUCCACUUUAGAGGGGAGAGAUAACUCAUCUAAUGGAGCUUUGUCUCUAUUACCAAUUUGUACCGCCUUACAAAAAUGCCAUUUCAGCUUUACUAUUCAUAUUUAACUGCAAUUGCCCCAUAUCCUUGAAUAUCUGUAUCUAGGAUUCAAUAGAAACAUUCACAGGAAAAAUGCUUUUAAAAAAAAAAUAAUAAAACACCAUGGAAUAUCUGAA